UCUUGUCUUCACUCUAUAUAUCACAUCUGUACACAGAUUCCCUUUCGCCUUUUACCGCUCUACAUAUGUUGUCCACGUUGCUUGGACGUCGCGAAUUUGCGGUCGAAGUAGUUACUGAUCAAUUGCCGAAAUUGCCAUACAAUUCGUCCAACACUAAGUGCUCUAAUUAGUUUGAUUAUUAGUCAAUGAGAAGGACUGCAUGGUUUUUUUUCUGAAGUCUGAAUUUAUGUGUGAUGGACGACGAAAUAAUAGACGUGAUUACUGAAUGUAGUUUCGAUUAUUUGGAAUCUCUGUAUGAACCGUGGAACAAGAUCAACUCGACGUCAUAUAACCCAAUUAGUCCUCAAUGGUUGAUUCAAUUGGCAGAUGAUUGGAACUCUGAACAUAGCGUACGCAAGGAUGAUUCAAGAAAAUUGAAAAAACGUCUGUCUGAAGAUGUCUGUGAUGAAUCUAAAUAUCGUGAAAUUCUCAAUAAAUAUAAAGAGAAUGAUGUAUUUGUAUUACCAAACGGUGAAGAAAUAGUUAGGGUUCGUAAUGAUUCCAGCUCUGAAUCAGAAAUCGAUAUUAUGGAUGGUGAAACUAAUAAUAAUAUUGAGGAUUGGCAAUCAGUUGUGUCACAUGGUUUCACUAGAGAUAUUGAGCAAAUACCAGCACCUACCCAAGAAAGGCAUCUAGAUAGUAAUAUUAUAACUGCAGAUGAAAGAUAUUAUCAUCCUAACUUAUUUGGAAAAAAAGAUGAUAAAAAAUAUUUAAAGGUAAGAAAUACUAUUAUAGAAUUAUGGAAAUCAAAUAAGCCAUGUUAUGUAUCAAAAUCAUUUGCUAAACAAAAAAUGAAAAAGUGUGGUACAGCAAAAGAAAUUGGACAGGUCCAUUCAUAUCUUGAGCAUAGAGGGUACAUUAAUUUUGGAUGUGAUGAAUGUAAAUAUCAUAAGAAUGUAAAAAAAGAAUUAGUUAAAGCCAGAAUAUUAAAAACUCAAUAUAAUUUAAAGCCACCUUUACUUCAUGGGAAAAAUAAGUCUUUUAAAAAAAUAAAGGCAAUGGGUGGUUACACAAUAUGCCAUGAUAAAUCUUCAUCACAAUGGGAGCAUAACUAUUCCGUUCCAAAAAAAAACAAACGUUAAUUAAAAUACUGAUUUUAUAAAAAAAAAGCAUUUUGGCUGUGAAUGGGUUACAUUUUGGUUACAUUAAUUUAUUAUUAAUAUGUGAUGAUUUUUUUUUUUUUUUAAAUGAUGGGCAGUCAAAUGCAAAUAGUUUUAAUUAAUUAUUAAUUAUUAAACAUAUCUAAACUAUUAUUGUAAAUUGAAUAAAUAUCAAAAAAAGUGACCCAUAUUCAAAACUUGAAUUGUAAAUUGCUUAUGUUAUAACUUAUUUAAUCUGAUUGCUAUAAUCGUUGACUUUUUUUAUUGUUAUACCAUUUUUUAACU